AUGGCUUCUCUAUCAGAUAAGGGCCAAGACGAAAAUCCUCAAGCCGCCGUCGAGCAUGCGGCAAAGCAGCUCAACGCGACAAUAGAAGAGGUUCUCGCCGCUCAGGAGCACGCCAACACCUUGACACUCGAACAGACAAGAGAAGUGAGAAUUCCAGCUACCCCAGAUCACACGACGCCACUGACUCAGCUCACACAGCUUGCAAGUCAACUGUUCGAGGCCCAUCAGCAUGAUCCAAAUUUUCCAAGUCAGGCUCUUGAUCGUCUUCAUGAUUUCCUCGACAACCAUUCCAUAGUCGAGGAACCGGAGAAGAACAAGAUCGUCAUUGAAGAGACAAAGCUGGAGGUUUCACUCCUCACCACCAAUAGCCCUUACCCCGAAGUAAGAGCCGUCGUCGAUAACCAUGACAACCCUGACCUCCCUUGCUCAACCAUCCGUGCCUGGAUCAUUGGUCUUGGCUUUGUCGUCCUGCUCGCCUUCGUCAACCAGCUGUUCAGCGUUCGGCAGCCGACAAUCUUCCUUGAGGCCCCCGUAGUACAGUUGCUGAGCUUUCCCGUAGGCAAGGCCGCUGCAAGCUAUCUCCCGGAUGUGGGAUUCACCCUUUUCGGUUCUCGCCACAGCUUGAACCCUGGCCCUUUCAACAAGAAAGAGCACAUGUUGAUUUCCAUCAUGGCCAGUGUUGGCAAAACCCUACCAAGCUCAAGAUACAUCAUAUUCACUCAGUUUCUCGACAAGUACUUUGGCCAGAAAUACGCUGGCUCUUUCGGUUAUCAGAUCCUGUUAGCCUUGUCAACCGACUUCAUGGGAUAUGGACUUGCCGGGCUUCUGAGAAAGUUCCUGGUCUAUCCCUCGUUCUGUCUUUGGCCAAAGACGAUGGUCACUAUUGCCCUGAAUAGCUCCUUGCACAACGAGGAAAACCAUGCCGUACCAGGUCCACUGAAGCGUCUAUACAACCUCUCCCGCUUUCGUUUCUUUCUCUACGCCUUUGGCGCCAUGUUCAUCUGGUUCUGGUUUCCCGACUACAUCUUCACCGCCCUCAGCCUUUUCAAUUGGCUCGCCUGGAUCGCGCCCAACAAUUUCAACCUCACCGCCAUCACAGGCCUCAAAAAGGGGCUCGGCUUCAAUCCGAUCCCGACAUUCGACUGGAAUAUCGCGACGCACCAGCUCGACCCGCUCGUCGUCCCCUUUGCCGUGACGCUCAACACGUUCGUCGGCUGCCUGCUCGGCGGCUUCGUGCUAAUCGGCAUGUACUACACCAAUGCGCUGCACACGGGAUACUUGCCCAUCAACACGAAUUCCAUGUUCAACCACUAUGCCAAGUCGUAUAACGUCUCGGCUGUGUUGGACGACCGCGGCUGGCUGGAUGAGGAGAAGUAUCAGGCUUACUCGCAGGUCUACCUCGCUGCCAGCAGCUUGACCAUGUACUGGUUCAGCUUCGCUGUGUAUACGGCGACCAUUUCGUAUUCGGUCUUGUAUCACCGCCGGGACAUUGUCAAUGGCUUUCGCAGUCUCUUCCGGGGGUAUGGCAAGACGGCGGAAGAGUUCAAAGAUGUCCAUACUCGGCUGAUGUCUGUCUACCGCGAAGUCCCGGAAUGGUGGUACCUGUGCUUGAACGUAUUUGCCAUCGUCCUUGGCGUGGGUGCGGUCGCCGGCUGGCCUACUUAUACGACGGUCGGUGUCGUAUUCUUCGGAAUUGCCCUCGCUUUAGUUUUCGUCAUUCCGACCGGUAUUAUUUAUGCCACCACCGGCCUUCAAGUCGAGUACAACUACAUCGCCGAGUUCAUCGGUGGCGCCUGGCUUCCCGGCAACGCUCUAGCAAUGAACUUUUUCAAAUGCUACGGCUACGUCACCACCGCCCACGCUCUCGCCUUCAGCAACGACCUCAAACUGGCCCACUACGUCAAGAUCCCACCGCGUGUAACCUUCUGGGCGCAGGCAGCUGCAACCCUCGUCUCAGCCUUCGUCUGCACCGGCGUGAUGAACUUCCAGAUGCGCAACAUCCACGACAUCUGCGAAUCCGACCAGAAAGACAAAUUCACCUGCCCCGGCGUAAACACAUACUUCACCGCCGCCGUCCUCUUCGGGUCCAUGGGGGCGCGCAAGGUCUUCGGCGCGCACGGGCAAUACACGACGCUCCUCUCAGCCUUCCCGAUCGGGGCGGCCAUCCCGCCGCUCUUCUACCUGCUGCAGCGGCGGCUGCCACGGACGCACUGGUUCCGCCGCGCGCACCCGAUCCCGCUGCUGAGCGGCGGCACCGCGUGGUCGCCGUACAACAUCGCAUACGUCUACCCUGCCGUCCUGCCCGGCUGGCUCAGCAUGUCGUUCCUGCGCUCCCGCUACACGGCGUUCUGGGCCAAGUACAACUAUGUGCUUUCGGCGGCUUUCUCCACCGCCAUCGCCGUCGCGGCGGUGGUGAUUUUCUUCGCGGUCGAGUACAAUGGGUACGAGAUCAGCUGGUGGGGGAAUGCGGCGGAGAGCGGGUGUGAGAGCGAGACGUGUACGAGGUUGGUGUUGGGGGAGGGCGAAUGGUUUGGGGUUGGGGUGGGGGGGUUCUCGUGA